GAUUUCGUCUUCAUUCAUUCAUAGGGCAGAUCGCCGGAUUUAGCAUCACACAUCUACACGCAUUGAUACUCUCGGUACGUGCCUGCCUUCUCCGCCCGCAAUCCACCAUUUAUACAUCCCUUUUUCUCUGAAUUCUCUCCUCCAUUCGUCCAUUCAUCUUUCUAAUCUCUCUCUCUCUUCAUGGCUCCCUCGAGAGAUUCUAAGCCUUUGGACGGAGAAGCCGAUGGCAAUGUUUCGUCCGGCGACGCCGCCGGAGCACCGGACAGCAUCAAAUCGAGAGUCACCGUUGUCGGCAGCGGUAACUGGGGCAGUGUCGCCGCUAAGCUCAUUGCAUCCAACACCCUCAAGCUCAACUCUUUCCACGAUGAAGUGAGGAUGUGGGUAUUCGAGGAGGUGCUACCAACUGGUGAGAAACUAUCCGAGGUCAUCAACAAAACCAAUGAGAAUGUUAAGUAUCUACCUGGUAUUCAGCUUGGUAAGAACGUUAUUGCAGACCCUGACCUUGAACAUGCAGCGCGAGAUGCUAAUAUGCUAGUGUUUGUUACUCCGCAUCAAUUCAUGGAGGGCAUAUGCAAGAAGUUAGUUGGGAAGAUUAGGAAAGAUGCUGAAGCGAUUUCUCUAAUUAAAGGGAUGGAGGUCAAGAUGGAGGGUCCAUGCAUGAUCUCCACCCUCAUCACGGAACAGCUUGGAAUUAACUGCUGUGUGCUAAUGGGGGCAAACAUCGCUAAUGAGAUUGCAGUGGAGAAGUUCAGUGAAGCAACAGUAGGAUACAGGGAAAACAAAGAGAUUGCACAAAAAUGGGUUCAGCUAUUCAAUACACCGUACUUUAUGGUGUCAGCUGUCCAAGAUGUAGAAGGGGUUGAACUAUGUGGUACCCUAAAAAAUGUUGUGGCCUUGGCAGCAGGAUUUGUUGACGGCCUGGAGAUGGGAAACAACACAAAGGCUGCAAUAAUGAGAAUUGGCUUGAGAGAGAUGAAGGCGUUUUCCAAAUUGCUAUUCCCAUCUGUUAAAGAGAGCACAUUUUUUGAGAGCUGCGGUGUAGCAGAUGUGAUUACAACUUGCUUAGGAGGAAGAAACAGGAAAUGUGCCGAUGCUUUUGCAAAGAACGGGGGAAAGAGGUCUUUCGAUGAACUUGAAGCCGAGAUGUUGCAGGGCCAAAAACUCCAGGGCGUGUCAACAGCAAAAGAAGUGUACGAGGUUCUAAGAUAUCGGGGAUGGUUGGAGCUGUUCCCUCUUUUUUCCACAGUUCAUGAGAUCUGCACUGGUCGUCUUCCUCCAUCGGCCAUAGUUGAAUACAGUGAGCACACCCCUAGAUUUUCCUUGGUGGGAGGUUCUGCUAAUUAUUUCUGAAGUCCAAACAGAAUAAGGUGAUAGUUCUAGGAUACACACCAAACUUUUUUUUUUCUUUUUCUAUGUACCUCGCGUGCAUUACUAGCAUGUGCAAGGCUGAUUUAUCUCUUUGUAGUUUUUUGUCGAUUAAGGUGAUAAGGCGGGUUUCACCCCAGAGUGCACUAUCGAGUAGUGAUUGUAAACUUAGCAUGAAGUGAACAUUUAUUUGUUUUCCAAUCUAAAGAUUGGGUUGUGCGUGUAUGAUAUGUAGGAAGGGGACACCGGAUAUCACUUGACCACAAUGUCUUUGGCCAUCAUCGCGAUUUGAAA